AUGAGUGAAUACCACGACGUCUUCCUUAUCAGGUCCACCCUCGCCAUGCAAGAUCCUGAUCUCCCUGGACCAAGGUUUCAUACCGCCCUUUUCGUCAAGACAGGGCCGAACGGUAACGGUACUACUCACGAAGUCACAGGCGAUAUCACCUCAUCGGAUGGGAUGCACUAUACUCGAACUCUUAGUGAGGCCCCGGAGCUUUCCCCGGAGUUCCACACAAGUCAGAAGCUGGGUGUUACGCAAGCCUGCAAACAUCCCGGCGAAUGGCAACGGGUUUUAGGCGGUUUACCAACGCCACCCCAGCAGAAAGCAUUCAAUGUGAAGACAAUGAAGACAGAACCAUUUAAGACAAGAAAUCCGUUGGUUUUCUACGAGCCUGGGGAGCCCAGACGGUCUUUGAUGAAGUGCACUGAGUGGACGAUGGAGAGAGCAAUUCCUGCUCUUAAGGCCAGUGGGCUUAUCAUUGAGGGAUAG